ACUCGCUCUCAGGGCCGGGGUUUCGCGAAGGAAGCAGCGGAGCCUCUCCCGCUCUCUGGGCCGGCUGCCGGAGCGGGAGCGCAGGGGCGACACCUCGGCACAGAUAGAGCCAGGACAGAAUUGUCGCCUGAGCAUCUGAGAGAGUUUUGUGCUUCUUUCCCUUUUUUCUUCUCCCGCAGGUGUUACAACGGCCUGCUAACUGCAGUGUUCCAUCCAGUAGUGCACACAAUAUGCCUUCUGGGACACUGAGGUGAUCAUGAAGGAAACAAGCAAAAAAAUAAUGGAGAAAGUAGCCAGACUAUCAGGGGAGUCCUUUCAAGGAAUCCAGCACUCCCCACCUCCUCCUCCUGACAAGGUAAGCUCCACGUCCGUCUCAUGUGUCCAGUGUUGCCACACAGCUAAUAAAGAUUCCUGUAGUUCUCUGCUGCCAAGAUGUCCAGUAACAGACUGUCCUGUUUGUGCAUGGAGCCCAGGUCCCUUUUGCAGGCCCUUGAUACCUUCAACCAAAAGGAAUUUCACUGGUUCAUCUCCAGAGGCUUCCCGUGUCCUGAGGGGAGCUCGUGUGUUGGCAAGGAGAGACACUGAUGGCUUUUAUUACUUGGGCUGCAUUGUCCAGGAGGUGAAGGGUUCCAGGGAAGGCUUUUUAAUUGAGUUUGACCAAAGUUGUGCUCUGAAGGGCAAGGUCCAGCGCGGCUGGCAGGAAACUCCUCUCUAUGACAUUCUGCACUAUGAGGACGCCCGGCGACACCCUCUUGCUCCAGGGGACAGGGUCUUGGCACCAUGGGAGGCUCCAGCCAAACGUUUUGGCCCUGGCACUGUGCUCAGGGUUCUGGAGAGCACAGAGGCACCUUUAGCACACAAUGAAAGGAGAGUGCUUGUGAAUUUCUGGAAUGGGCAGACUAAGGAGGUGUCUUCUGUCCAAGCUCUGCGGAUUCCUCUGCCCCUAAGCGAACGCAUCAUCCUGGAGCUGCAGAUGCCUUUGGCAGCCCGGCAGAUGGUGGUAGAUUCAAGCUUGGAUUACCCAUACCUUGUGGCACCAGGUUAUAGAGCCUCAGGGCAGUGCAGACAGGGUCACCUGGAGCUGGAUUGCUGCCCAGGGGCUCUGUAUUCCACUCAUCCCUGUGCCAAGUGCAGCUGGGGGUGGACCUCUCUUCCCCAGUGCUGCCUUGGAGCCUGGGAACCCACACGGCCUGCAGAGUGCAAAGUGCAGCAGGAAAAUGCCUUCAUCCCCAGGGCAAGCUUGUCUGAAGAAAAGCUCAGCAAGAAAAUAGAACAGGAACUGUCUGAAUUGAGGAUUGCAUCUUCAGAAAGUGUUUCCAGAGAGGAAGAGAAAAAGGAAGAGAAGAGAUUGGAGAUAGAAAGCAUUCCAAAAGAUGUUAGGUCUUGUUUGGAGGAGAACCGUGAGGCUAUAGAAACUGAGAAGGGCCCUCAGAGGCGGAUGGCUCAUGCUGUGGUGGAUGCUGCUGUCAACACAGACAGCUGGUUAAUGGAGACACAUCACAAGGAAGAAGCAGAGAGCAGACAGCAGGAUGCUGAAACUGAAGCUAAUUUUGAACAUGAGCAUGGCCUUUUUGAGUCCAGAGUGGCAGAAGCUCCAGUCCAGCAUUCCCAGAGGAGCCCUUCCCUGGGAAGCAGUGCUUUGGUUCCUUUCAGGCACCAGAGCUACUUUGCCCAAGUGAAUCAGUCCCUGGAGAAAGACAGCCUGACCAUCAGAUCAGCCUUUCGUGUGCAGAGACCACACAGCACCACCAACCUGCUGACUGGGAGAUCCACACAUCUCCCAAAUUUAAAAGACAAAAGCAUCACAAAAUCAGUCCUCAGUGGUGCAUCUGAGGAGAGGUGGAAAGAGCUGGACUUCAGCAGAGCCAAGAUUGAGCACAAAAAGUGGCAAGAGGAACAGAGGCAGCUGAAGAGGGAGCAGCAGCAAGAGGCAGAUGGCACCCGACGCCGGCUGCGCAGGGACAGCCAGAGGCAGCGAUUGCAUCAGAGAACAUUGCAAGGGCUGGAGAAACAGCUGGAGCACAAAGAAAGAGCUUUGCAGCACGUGGCACUGCUCCAGGCUGCUGGGGCUGAGAGGAGCAGGAAGGAAUCCUUCUUUAGAGAGGAGGAGGAGAGGAAGGCAAGGCAGAGGCUUCAGUUCUUAAAGACACAACGUUUGCAGAGAGAGGAGUUGCAGGCAGAAAGCAACAAAAGGAGCUGUGAACAAGAGAAAGAAAGGCUGGAGUUCCUGAGGAGCAGAAUGCAGUCACGGCAGGAAGUGCUGGAACAAGAAUCCCAAGAGAAGGACAAACAGCAAAACCAGCACCAGGCUGCCAAAGUGAGAGUGUUCCAGAGGAGAGAGAGUUCUAAUUUGAAGAUGGAAAAAAAAGGCCAGAAACUCCGUGCCCUCCAGCAGUACCUCAGGGAACAGAACCUUCUGCUGCUCCGGACAUCCCUGCUUGUACUUCAUUUAUAUGCUGUUCAUCAUAAAACAGCAGAUUGUUUUUGCACUUUCUCUUCAUUGCUUAACCACCUGAGAACAGACCACUGCAGAGAUGCUGCUCCACUGCUGUUUCACACAGGGUAUGUUUGGGAAUGUAUUCAGUACCACACUAUUUCCAAGCAUUCAUGGACUGUAUUUCUCACUAUUAAAAUGCAGCCAUAA